AUGCUGGUGGCAGAGCGUAUUGGAGAUGCAACUGCCCGGAACGCGUUACUUGGCUUGGUUCAACCAUGUAACCUACUCAUGAGCUGGGAGUUAUCAGCAGAGGAACAAACCUCUAUCAAAAGUAAACUUGAAAUAUGGAACAUGUACCUGGAAUCGCUGCUUACAAGUGGAAAAAUCAAAAUCAAUAUUUUCACUAUAAACCAGCAUCUUCUUCAGCACUAUCCUCUCAUGAUUGACGCAUAUGGCCCACCUCAUGCAUAUAGUGCCAGAUCCGUGGAACAGGCAAUUGGUGAAUACUUAAGGGCUAUCAAGAGUAAUUCUGCUAUAAAUGUUAACACUGGCAAUAUAAUGCUUGGCUUAGCACAAAUACAACAAGCAGAGGCCGGAGCCACUGUCAUGAUUACAGAAGAAAGAACAGCACGACACUUACAAUAUGAAGAUUCCACUGCUGGUUGGCCAUUGACAGAUGAGGGUGAGCGUGUUGGUGCUGGGUCUGAUAUUGAGUUCUGGGGGCCUUUGAGAAAUAGAACGAUCCGAGAUAGUUUUGAAGGCAUUUCUUGUCUUUCAGAACUUCUUGAAGACUUCUACGAAUCAAAGGGGGAAGAGUGUAGUAUGAUUGAAGCAGCUAUACAAACUAGCCGCAAGGCAUUUGUCAAUGGUUGUGUGAUUGACUCUGCACUCGACCAAAAUUGUCACAAGCUCAACAACAAGAGAUGGCCACUUGCUCUUGUAGAGAUUGCGGCAGUCCGUUUGGUAAAUGGUAUACCAGUUGUUAACAAUGGGCAAAUGAAGCCAAAGGUAGUUCACCUGGCAGAUGUCAAAGAAUUGGUUGGUUUGGUGAAGUUGGACGCGACUAUAAAUACAACAACAACAACAACAACAACAACAACAUACAUAGUGUGGUCAGAGCUUAACUGCGGCUCAAAAUUGUCACUUGGUUCUCUUGCAGACCUAUAA